AAAAAAUCAUUAUUAAGUAUUAGAUUACCUGCAAUUAAAAAAAAUUCAAAACCAAAUCAACUAAUGGGAUGUGCAUCAUCACAAGCUGCUGAAAUUAAAGCACAACAAAAUUCAGAAACGGCACCAAGUGAUGCCCCAAAAAAUGAUAAUGAUGGUGAAAAUAAAUCUGAAAAAGAAAAUGUCAAAAAUAGUGCAGAUAAUAAAGAAAGUUCGGAAACGAAUAAAUAUCCUCCACCAGAAGCAUUUGAAAUUCCAUUAAGUGAUAUAACUGAUUUAUCUAUGGAUGAUCAAAAUUCUAGUGAAAAUAUAAUUAAAAAACAUCCACCAAAACGAUUACAACGGUUAGUUGAACAAUCACAACAACAACAACAAGAACCAACAACAACAAUUGAAGAUUUAGAAGAAAAAUUAGCAAAAGCUGAAAUACGUCGUCAAAAAUUUUUACAACAAAGAGUUGAUAAUGUAAUAUCAUUAGCUCAACCAGCAACAGCAACAACAACACAACAACAACAACAAUCAUCAGCUACAACUAUUACAAUUGAAAAAAAUGAAAAAAAUUUAAAUAAUGAUGUUGAUGAUGAUGAAAUGUUAACAGUAACAACAACUACAAUAACUAAUAAUAAAAAAACAAUUGAUGAUGAUGAUGAUGAUGAUGAAAAAAAUUUUAAUGAUAAUCAUAAUGAUAAUAAUAUCAAUUAUACUAAAACCAUAACAUCUGAUCAUAAUAAAUUUGAUAUUAAUGAAACAAUUGAAUCAAAAAAUUUAAAUAGUAACAACAGUAAUAGUAAAAAUCAUAACAGUAUAAAUGACAGUAAUAAUAUCAACAAUAAUGAAAUAAAUCAUUCUAAUUUAAAAAAUUAUACAAGAGCACCAACACCAGCAGCACCAACAAUGAGAUCAACAGCAGUGAAAAAAGUUAACAUUAAUGAUAACAUUGUUAAUAAUAAGGAUGAAAAAUAUCGAAGUCCAGGUGAUGGUGAUGAAAGUAAAGAAAAUUUACAAAUUUAAAUUUUAAAAACAAAAAAAAAAAAUUUAUAUAUUGAUGGGGUGGGGAUUCUUAAAAAGAGUAAGAGACAAAAGCAGAGAGGGAGAGAGAGAGACAGAGAAAGAGAAGCAAACAAAAUCAGUAAAGAAAAAAAAAAGAUUAUUGAUGGAAGUUGCUUUGCUAUGAUAAAGUGAAUUUUUUAAAGUUGAUAAAGAAAGAGAAAGAAUGAAAAAAAAAGAGCGGUUAUAAGGUGGAUGAAAAAAAAAAAAAAUAAAGAAAAAUUGCGCAACG